GUCCCUCAUCAUCUGUCUCGUUCGUGGGAUACGUUCCACUUUGAAAUGAUCAUCAUAGCCAUGUUGAUGGUCUAUUUUGCAAACUUUCUUUUCGGCCGUGCCAAAAACACCCAGUUUGCAAUGUCCUGGUUCACUACCGUCAAACCCAUUCUAACCUCUAACUUCGCCAUGGUCGGUGAUGAUGGCUUGGCUGAACCGGGAACAGGCACAAUGAUAAAAGAGUCUGAGCAUCUGUAUUCGCUCUGGUGUUCCGGCCGAAUGUACUGUGAAGCCAUGCUGGUUGAGUUACGUCUGCUCAGGCGUCAGUGUCUAUUGUUCAUGAUGUUCAGCUGGCUGAGACCACUGCACGACACGGUUGUGGCUAAGGUAAUCAUGGAAGAUGCCGAAAUGGACGGUUGGGUGAUGGCUGUGGGACGGAAACGUCGUGUCCAGAUUCUGGCCAAAGAUCACCAGGAUUUGGCUUUUUUCUGCCCGGACAAACGCGGUCAGCGUCAUCCGGGGUUGCCCGAAUCGUUCACAGUCUUGAAUGAGAUUCCCGAGGCGAUGACCAGUAUGUUGAAUGCUCCCGUAUGCAAAUUCUUGACGGAUAACGAAGAACGCAUUGAGUACCUGUUUUUCUCCGAUCAAUACACCGGACCGAGACCACCGCAAGAGUGUGAGCAGCCCAGUGUGUUGUCUUUCAUCGAUAAGUGCUUUGUUGUGAGCGAUUGGCGUCGUGUGUCUGCUCACUCUUGA